CUUCUCUCACUCUCGCUCUCACCUCAUCUCCUACAACUCGAAAACACCAGUCAGUCUCUCCAUUUCCAAGCUCUUCUGCGGUCCCCAAACUUCGAGCGUUAGGGGUUUUUACACUCAAAUUCCUCAAUUCAAAGACCCGAAAUCCCUCUCUAUCUCUGCAUAUACACAGAUACAUAUACAUACUUCACAUCCUAAUUGAGUUUCUAGGGUUUCGGUUAAGUUUUUUAGGUAGACGAAGAUGGCCUCAUCUGCAGCUCAAAUUCACGUUCUCGGAGCUACUCCUUUGGCUUCUUGGAAGCACUCUAGUGGUGGCAAAUGCAACAAAACAGUGUUCUUUGGUCAGAGAUUGAACAGCACAGUGUCGUCAGGGUUUCCAAAAUCUGCAUUUUUGAAGCUAAAGAAAAACAACUACACCAGGAGAGGUUGUAGUACGACGCAUUUUCGAAUCGUGGCGGAGAAGGUGGUCGGAAUCGAUCUCGGCACCACCAACUCCGCCGUCGCAGCAAUGGAAGGAGGUAAGCCGACUAUCGUGACUAAUGCGGAGGGGCAGAGGACGACGCCGUCGGUGGUGGCGUACACGAAGAGUGGUGACAGGUUGGUGGGGCAGAUUGCGAAGAGGCAGGCCGUGGUGAACCCUGAAAACACCUUCUUUUCGGUGAAGAGGUUCAUUGGCCGGAAGAUGUCGGAGGUGGAUGAGGAAUCAAAGCAGGUGUCAUACCACGUGGUGCGAGAUGAGAAUGGGAAUGUCAAGCUUGACUGUCCGGCCAUCGGAAAACAAUUCGCAGCUGAAGAAAUUUCGGCGCAGGUCUUGCGAAAGCUUGUGGAUGAUGCAUCUAAGUUUUUGAAUGAUAAAGUCACUAAAGCUGUCGUCACAGUUCCUGCAUACUUCAAUGAUUCUCAGAGGACAGCAACAAAGGAUGCUGGUCGCAUUGCUGGCUUAGAAGUUCUUCGAAUUAUCAACGAACCUACUGCUGCCUCUCUUGCAUAUGGUUUCGAAAAGAAGAACAACGAAACCAUCUUAGUCUUUGACCUUGGAGGUGGUACUUUUGAUGUAUCAGUUCUUGAGGUUGGUGAUGGGGUGUUCGAGGUGCUUUCUACUUCUGGAGAUACACAUCUGGGUGGUGAUGACUUUGAUAAGAGAGUUGUUGAUUGGCUUGCUGUAAAUUUCAAGAAAGAUGAGGGCAUUGAUCUAUUGAAGGACAAACAAGCUCUCCAACGUCUGACUGAAACAGCAGAGAAAGCUAAGAUGGAACUGUCAUCUUUGACACAGACAAAUAUCAGUUUGCCUUUCAUUACAGCCACUGCAGAUGGCCCUAAGCACAUUGAAACCACUCUUACCCGAGCAAAAUUUGAGGAAUUAUGCUCAGAUCUUCUAGACAGGCUUAAAACACCAGUUCAAAAUGCCGUAAGGGAUGCAAAACUCUCAUUCAAUGAUAUAGAUGAAGUGAUCCUUGUUGGUGGAUCAACCCGUAUUCCUGCUGUUCAGGAGCUUGUUAAGAAAAUGACUGGAAAGGACCCUAAUGUUACUGUCAAUCCUGAUGAAGUUGUUGCCCUCGGAGCUGCUGUCCAGGCUGGGGUUUUGUCUGGAGAUGUCAGUGACAUUGUCCUUUUGGAUGUGACACCGCUGUCUCUGGGACUGGAAACGCUUGGUGGGGUUAUGACAAAGAUCAUCCCCAGAAACACAACAUUGCCCACGUCAAAGUCAGAAGUAUUCUCAACCGCUGCUGAUGGACAGACAAGUGUAGAGAUUAAUGUCCUUCAGGGUGAGAGAGAAUUUGUUAGGGACAACAAAUCUCUAGGCAGUUUCCGUCUGGAUGGCAUCCCACCAGCCCCGCGUGGAGUUCCUCAAAUUGAGGUCAAAUUCGAUAUUGAUGCAAAUGGUAUUCUGUCAGUCUCUGCUGUUGAUAAAGGCACUGGGAAGAAACAAGAUAUCACCAUUACUGGUGCAAGCACACUGCCUAGUGACGAGGUAGAGAAGAUGGUUAAAGAUGCGGAAAGAUUUGCAAAGGAGGAUAAGGAGAAAAGAGAUGCCAUAGACACCAAGAACCAGGCGGAUUCGGUUGUCUACCAGACAGAGAAGCAGCUGAAGGAACUGGGAGACAAGGUUCCAGGGCCAGUGAAAGAGAAGGUUGAGGCAAAACUUGGAGAGCUUAAGAAUGCAAUCUCAGGGGGCUCAACACAGGCCAUAAAGGAUGCCAUGGCUGUUCUUAGCCAGGAAGUUAUGCAGCUUGGGCAGUCACUCUACAACCAACCAGGUGCAUCGUCUGCUUCUGGCCCUACACCUGGCAAUGAUGCUGGGCCUUCAGAAUCAUCGGACAAGGGCCCUGAUGGGGACGUGAUUGAUGCAGAUUUCAGCGACAGUAAGUGAGAGAAGGAAAUGAUUUCCUCUUUUUUGGCUUCUAUCGUCUUAACUAUGUAUGAGGUAUGUCUCGUUGAAAAUGGAUAUGAUUUUGGGGUGUUAUGUUUUAGUUGCUUCCAAUGUCUGGUGUUUGAGAGGUAUUUAAUUAGGAUAAUGGUGGAUUACAAUGUCUUGAUAGGUAUAUGCUACAGUAGGAAUUUUUUUGGUUUUUUUUUUUUUUUU